AGUAUAUUAGCUUGGGAAAUAGCUCACCCUUCUUGUGAUGUCUAGCGAAACUGACAACAGCAAGUUCGCCGCCCUUUAUAAAGGAAACUUGAUCCCUUUACAUGCCGUUCUUGUUGGUCUGACUUGGAUAGUACAUGACUAUUUUGUGACGCUAGAAGAUGAGAUCCGUUAUAUCUGGCCACAGAAACGAAACAUAGGAAAAAUUAUGUUCCUAUGGGUUCGAUAUUACAGCAUAGCACUACUUCUCUUCGACACUGUGCAGAUUCACGUGUUCUCUAUUCCUGGAAUAACAUCUGACAACCUGUGCGUAGCGAUGGACUCAAUCAUCCGGGUCGUUGGUGCUAUAAGCCUGUGGUCCGUCGAGAUUAUCAUGCAGCUACGUGUCUAUGCCCUCUUCAAAUGUUCAAAAAAAGUCGCCGUGAUUAACGGCUUACUCUUUGCCGGUUCCAUCGCUGGAUUUUUGUGGAUCUUGGUUCAUAAUGCCGUUAGACGGAGAGCUGUAAUUGCCGACGCGAUCCACCUACCCCUGCCGGGCUGUCCAGUCGUUCACUCCGGGAUUGAAUGGGCCCAAUGGGUACCUGCGACCGCAUUUGAAGGCGUCCUUUUCGGGUUUGCGCUUUUCAAGACAUUAGAGUCGACCGCAGGUAGGAUUCAGAAGAAACGUAGUGUAUCCCUCUAUUCUCUUCUGCUUCGCGACAAUAUCUUGUACUUUUGGGCAAUAUCGUGCAUCUUGGUAUUCAACAAUCUUAUGGUUGUCGGUGUCACUAAGAUACCAUGGUUCAGUUACAGCCCUUUCCACGCUGCAGUAGGCGUUCUUACAACCCGCAUGCUGCUGAAUCUCCAAAAGGCCGCUUCUCUGGAAAUAAUUAUCUCUAGCUCCGAGCGAAGCCAUAGUAGCAUUCCCGGGAGAAGCUCUCGCCGAAGUGAUCUCACUUGGCGAGCAGCUAGCGUCCCCGCGGUCAGUUUCGGAUCCACGCCCGGAGGUUCCUAUUCGACCGAACAUCCUUCGCUGAAUACAUUCCCAAUGCGGGGUACCAUCAAUUUCGAGCGCCAGGGACAACAGUUUGAUUUAUGAGCGCUCUCCAUAUACCUAUUUAUUUUGAUCUGUGAACCUAUGUCCAAUACAACGUAGAAGACAUAUCAAGAACUCUGGGAGAAAUACCGCCGUUUGGGCGUACCGUACAGUGCUAUGCCACGCCUCGCAAGCUAUAGAUCCAUUUGCAGAUAGAUGGAACAUUCAUUGUCUGGACUCCUGUGAUACCUGAAGAUACCGUUCCGUGUAAUGAUGAGAUAAGAAAUCAACCCAGGAUUAUAUAUAGACAGUAGCCGUUUCAAGGAG